GCUGCGACUCACAUUCUCCCCAGACCCCGAGGAUGCGGGUUGUUAUGCCCCGAACUCUCCUCCUGCUGCUGUCGGGGGCCCUGGCCGUGACCCAGACCUGGGCGGGUGAGUACGGGUUCGGGAGGAAAGGGACUCUGAGGGGCAGGAGCGAAGAAACAGCCCGGCGGGGAAGCGGAACCCCCGGGGAAGCCGACUGUCCACCGCCCGGACCCAGACCUCCACCGGGGCCUCCCCCCGGGCUCCCCUCCCCCGUCCCUCCCGGACUCCGUCCUGCUCUCCCCUACUCUGGUCCUCCUCCCCCUGCCCUCCCGGCCGACUCCCAUGGGACCCGGGCCCCUCGCGGGGAGGAGGGUCGGGAGGGGUCUCAGCCCCUCCGCGCCCGCAGGCUCCCACUCCUUGAGGUAUUUCCACACCGCGAUGUCCCGGCCCGGCCUCGGGGAACCCCGCUUCAUCGCCGUGGGCUACGUGGACGACACGCAGUUUGUGCGGUUCGACACCGACGCCCCAAAUCCGAGGAUGGAGCCGCGGGCGCCGUGGAUGGAGCAGGUGGGGCCAGAGUAUUGGGACCGGGAGACGCGGAUCGCCAAGGUGCACGCAGAGAUUGCCCGACCGAACCUGCAGACCGCCCUCCGCUACUACAACCAGAGCGAGUCCGUCAGUUGGCCUACGACGGCGCGGAUUACAUCGCCCUGAACGAGGACCUGCGCUCCUGGACCGCGGCGGACACCGCGGCGCAGAUCACACGCCGCAAGUGGGAGGUGGCCGGUGAGGCGGCGCGCUAUAGGAAGUACCUGGAGGACACGUGCUUGGCGGGGCUCCGCAGGUACCUGGAGAUGGGGAAGGAGACGCUGCUGCGUGCAGAGUCUCCCAAAACACACGUGACCCGCCACCGGAUCUCUGACCAUGAGGUGACCCUGAGGUGCUGGGCCUUGGGCUUCUACCCUGCGGAGAUCACCCUGACCUGGCAGCAUGAUGGGCAGGACCACACCCAGGACACAGAGCUUGUGGAGACGAGACCUGCGGGAGAUGGGACCUUCCAGAAGUGGGCGGCUGUGGUGGUGCCUUCUGGAGAGGAGCAGAGAUACACGUGCCAUGUGCAGCACGAGGGGCUGCCCGAGCCCAUCACCUUGAGAUGGGAGCCAUCCUCUCAGCCCUCCAUCCCCAUCCCGGGCAUCAUUGUUGCUGUGGUUGUCCUUGUGGUCAUUGUGGUUGGAGCUGUGAUCUGGAGGAAGAAGUUCUCAGCAGAAAAAGGACCGAGCUACUCUCAUGCUGCACGCAAUGACAGUAUUCAGGGCUCUGAUUCGUCUCUAAUGGCUCCUAAAGUGUGAGACCCGCUGCCCCUCAGGGACUAAUACAGGAUCUGUUCACACUUGGUGCCAUUGAGAUCCCCUGACUUUCUGCGGAUGGUGUCAGAAUGUGUCUGCGUUCCUAUUAGCAUAUUGUGAGGACACAGGAGACUGGCCCCCCCCGCCCUCCAUGACCCCUCCCCGUACUGAUUCGUGUUCCCUUUCUGACCUGCUUUCCUGUUCCAGCUGAGGAAGGGUGGACCAUCUCCAUCCCCGUCUUUUUUUCAUGUUGGACUGAGUACUGAUGCUUUACUUUCCUAUUGAAAAUGAGAAUCCAGAUAUGAAUUUAUGUUUUGUAAUUCUUGGUAUGUGGGCAUGAUGAGGUAAUAAAAGAGAGGAUUUGUAUGGUUGGAACAGAAAAUAAAUGAAAGCACUGA